AUGGCAGAGUCGGGGGACAAGGCCCCGAGGGUGGCGCGGGGGCGAGGGUACGCGUCCUUGACCUGCGCCAAAACUUUGGCCCCUGCCCCCGACGGCGCCCGGCCCGGGGGUAUUGCGAGGGGUAAUGGAUGGGGAGGGGGAGGGGGAGGGGACGCACGGUGGCGCCGCCACGCGGGCGCGGCGCCAACCAGCGCGCGGGGCGAGGCGUCCCUCUUCCCCCUCCAGUCUGCCGCCGCGACGCCUGGCGUCGCCAGGUGGCGUGUGCGGGAGGGUCUCUCUCGACGCUCCGUCAGGGCGAGAGUGAUUGUGUCUGCGACCCCGGCGGGGGGCGAUGCCCCGGGACCCGGCCGGUCCCCGGCGCCAGCGGCGGGACCGCCUGGACCGCCGCCGCCCCCCGAUGGACGGCCCCCGCCCCGCGGCGGCGGCUAG